CAAAACCACCAAAAAGUAGUGCUGGAGAUUCUGCAUCCUGUAUAAUCUGUUUCAGUAUGUCCCCAGUUUUGCACUAUAUAUGUUAAUUUUUUCAUAGUCAGGCUAAAUCUUGUUUACCAUUUCAGCUGAUGUGGAAGAAGAGUAUUUUUCCCCUUUCUUGUGACUCUCAAUGUAUGCAGGCUGUUCUGUUCCUUUGGUGUUAUCUUUUUAAGACUAAACACACCCAGGUCCUUUGGUUGUUUUGCCUGGUCCUGCUCUCUACACUCUAGUUUUCCUUUCUUUCCACUGCAGUGUCUCAGAUUUUUGUGUGUGUUUCAUGAGAUGAAUAUGUGGGGCUGGAUGUGGUCUGUUGGCUAAAGACUCAGCUGUGUGAGACCCACAGUGUGACUACUCCUACGUCCCAGGAUGACUUUUACCCUUUUUGUAGCAACAUAAGCCUGCUGGCUUGGAAUUAAUUUCUCAAUCAAUGUGUGCUUUUUCUUUGUGGCAUGUUAGAAUUACUGUUGUGUCAUUUCCAUUUGAUUUCACACCUGCCUCCCCUGCCCUUAGUGUACUGUUUUGUACUGAUCCUUACUGAGAUUUGAUAGUAGGUUGCCAGUAGGUGUGGGGUUCCUGCAGCCAGACCAAAACACUGCAAUAAGAUGCCCCAAAAUCCUGAGCUGGUUUGAACUUGCUGUGUUGAGGGAUUUUAGUUUAUUUGUUGUAAGAGAAAAGUGAUAGCUUUAGUGGUCCUUGCUCAACUACCCAAGCCAGUGUCUUCACUGAUUCCUUCUUGCAUCCCUGCUCCUGAUGGUCACUGUGAUUGGAGAUUGGUGUUCCCCUUCAGAGAAGCCGUGGGACCCUGUCCCUUAAUUUCUUUUUGAUUGCAGCUUGGCCUUCCUCCUGCAGUGUUUUUGUUCAGGGACUGAAAUUGGCAAAGGGCCAUGAAUUUAAAAAAGCAGUUUUUCCUGCUCGUUUGUUCUGAUGCCGCUCACUGUGGAGUCUGGUGUGAGCAUGGAGAGGCAAUGCUUCAUGGAGGAGGGGGGGAUGCCCUUUUCAUCCACAGCCUUAGAUUGGCUCCAACAUCCUGAAUUUUGUCUUGAGAGUUUCUGGUCCCUUUCUGUCUGGCUGUCACUUAAUGCUUUGAUAUCUUUAUCAAUUUCUUAUCUUAUAGGUAACUACCAACUGAUCAUUUAAUUUGAUCAAGAGUCCUUCAGAGGAUUGAAGUUACUGGUGUGUAACUUCUCCCACCUUUUUUUUUCCUUUUAUAAAGGUAGGUGAGGCAUGAUGCUUCUCCAGCCUUCUUGUGGCCUGCCCAUACUCCUGUAAAUUUUCAAAGAUGGUCACUGAUGCUUCAGAGAUUAGACUGGUUUCUUACAUGCUUUCUGGUGAAUGCUGUUAUUACCUGUCAAGAGCUGUUUUGUGAACAUUUGUUAGGUCUAUCUUUUUCUAACCCACCCUUUCCUUCCAUUUCUAAAUUAGUUUUGCUUGUCACAUUUCACUUUUUCUUCUGGAGAUUGAAGGAACAUUGGUACUUCAGCCUUUACAUAAUUUGCUUUCUUUCCCUCUUUGUUAAUGACUGUAAUUAUCUUUAUUUUUCUCUUCUAACAUGCCCUCUUCUCCAGUUUUCUUGUGAUUGCAGAGCUCUUACUAACAGCUGUGCUGAUUUUGACUAAGAGACCAUCUAAUCCAGUAUCCUUCUACAAAAGGAUGAAAACAGGACAAGUAGAUAUGAGAUUGGCCAGCCCGGCUGAGACCACUUAGCAAUGACAAAACAAAAACUCCUGCUUGAUGGGACGCUCUCCUUGUUGCUGAUCACGGCCUGUGAAGCUCAGCAGCUCCCGAAGAGUCAUGCUGCUGCCAGUUCUGGUUCUCUGUGUGACAAGGAGGCAGCCUCCUGGGGACACCUGUUCAGCAGCGAGCGGCUGGAUGCUUGGAUCUGUUCCCUCAUCGGUUCCUUCAUGGUGGGGCUGAGCGGGGUCUUCCCCUUGCUGGUGAUCCCCCUUGAGACGGGAGCUGCGCUGCGCUCUGAAGCUGGGUCACAGCGUUUGAAGCAGUUGUUGAGUUUUGCAAUUGGUGGACUACUGGGAAAUGUGUUUCUCCACCUGCUUCCUGAAGCCUGGGCUUACACAUGCAGUGCAACAACAGGAGAAGGGCAGAGUUUUCAGCAGCAGAAGCUUCUGGGUCUCUGGGUGAUCAUUGGUUUCCUGACCUUCCUGGUGCUAGAGAAGAUCUUCCUAGAGAAAGAGGAGGAGUAUCCUGGUGUGGACUGUGAUUCCAAAGCAUCAUCUGGAAAGAUUCCCAAUGGAAGUGGCUGCCCCCUGCCCAAGGGGUCCUCUCAGUCCCAAAGAGCACGAGCUCAGUGUAAUGGCUCCUCUCUCCAGUCUGGUCCAAAAAACAACAGAAUCAAGAUUAGUGGAUACCUCAAUCUGCUGGCCAACACCAUUGAUAACUUCACACAUGGCCUGGCAGUAGCAGCCAGUUUCCUGGUUAGCAGAAAGGUUGGGUUCCUAACCACAAUGGCCAUUCUCCUGCAUGAAAUCCCACACGAGGUUGGAGACUUCGCAAUCCUACUUCGGGCUGGCUUUGACCGCUGGAGUGCAGCCAAGAUGCAGCUUUCCACAGCUCUGGGGGGAAUUCUAGGAGCCUGCUUUGCAAUAUGUGCUCAGUCACCAAAAGGAGCAGGAGAAACAGUAGCUUGGAUCCUCCCUUUCACUUCUGGAGGAUUUCUGUACAUUGCCUUGGUAAACGUUGUGCCUGAUCUCCUGGAGGAAAAGAAUCCUUGGAAUUCCCUGCAGCAAAUUCUGCUCCUGUGUACGGGCAUUACAGUCAUGGUGCUACUCGCGCUCACAACUGAGUGACCUCUGCGCAGACCUCAUGAUGCCUCCCAGAGCCACCAGAGUGACUCUGAGCUUUACAAAGCAAUAAGGAACACUAAUGUUACUUCCCACGUGUGUGCGCGCAGAUCUGGCUGCUAGUAUGAGAAGCGGGUGACAGAGAGGUCUGGCUGUGCAAGACUUCGUUCCCUGGCUCUCCUAUCCCUGUUCUGCUAAGCUCCACACAUGAGGGCUUCUGUUCUUUUUUCAUUUGGUUGGUUUUUAUGGAGCAAAAGAUACACUGGGCAGAAAGGAACUGAAUAGCUGCUCCACUAUGAGUGAACGAUGUUUCAUUCGGUUCAUUCUGAUGGAACUGCACCUCCCAAGCUCUUGUGUGAAAACAGCAGAGGUGAUUCCUGUAGCUGAUAAAGGAUUUUUCCUACCACUUCAAGGGCUGGAGGCAGAACAGGCAUGACAAAGCUUUAGCCAGAAUCCCCUAGCCUUGAGAAGUUGAUGGUGCUAUGAGAUAGAAGGGAAGAGACCCUUUCCAACUUGAUUUCCAGCUGUUCAUUGACACCACUUUUUCCUAAAGGUAGUAUUGGCCUCAGCAGUCCAGCUCUUUUGGUCUGUUUUGUUUACAUUGAAAUUGAGCCAAAAGCUUGAGGCACUUUAGGGUAGGUCACUACAAUUAAAUGACACAGCUUGGAGAUUACUUGCCUCAGCCCUAACCACUCCAGUAGCCAGCACAGCCCAACUGUUUUUCUGAUAAAUGAUCAGUAAAUGUUUCUUCAAUUGCCAACUACCAUGGAGGGAAAGCCAUGUAACUGUUGUGACUGAGCUCCCUCUCCUCAUACCCAUUAGUUGAAUACAAUUCUGAGCCUGCUCAUGAGACCUGAUUCAUUCAUCUGAAGCAGGGUGUUUCAGAGCUUUCUUGAGGUGUAGCAUGUUAGACCUGCACAGCAUGCUACAGCACCCCAUGGAAGAGGUGCUUGAACACUACAGCCUGGUCAGCAACUGAUAACUCCUGGUUAGCUUUUCAUCUGUUCAGUGUAGACUAUUUAAGAGCAUGCUGUAGAUGGCAGCCUAUUUCUGGGGUUCUUACCUCACAAUGGAGUUCAUCUGUUGAGGACGAAUGAAUAAGAAGUAAUACUGACAGCUUUUAGAUGGGAAGGUUGAAACUGCUGGUGAAAAUAUUUUUAAGUAAGGUGAGAAAGGGAUAUGAAAGGGUGACAAUGAGUAUGCUUUAAGAGGAGUUUUCUGUUAUGUGAUGCUUGGGAUAAAAUCUUUGGCAAUUUGAAAAUUUAAAACCACGUCUAAUUGAACUAACAGAGUCACUGAGCACAAAACAGGUGCCACAGUGUGAUUUACACCAACUUGGCUCAGUCUUAACAGCUUUUGUGAAACAGUACAGCUCUCCAGUCUGCCCAGGGCCUUACCAAGAGGACUCGUGCCUUGAGAGGGCGAUUUAGGUCAGAGCAGCAAGGCAGGUAUACUGCCCACAGGAGAGGCACUACUUCCCUAAGAGAUUCCUGAACUGUUGACACAGUUCUUUUUUAUGACAGCUCCUGUCCUACUUUUCAGUGAAUGCUGGAGAGCUCAUGCUUGCAGGUCUGUCUGCCCAGGAACUGCUGUCUGAAAUUUUUUCAGCUUUCCUUUCCCUGGACUGACAUUGGUAACUAGUUUCACUGCAACAAGGAGGGAGGCUUAGUGCAAUUGUUUAUUCCUCUUUACAAAGUUGCCUUCCUGUGCCAGCUACUCUCUCCAUCAUUCACUUGUCAUGUGCUCUGAAGGUAGCAUCCAUUUCCUGCUUUCCUGGAAGGAUGAUUAAUCCAGUUAGCCUGCAGGGACUGGGGGAGUAUGCCAACCCUCUGGUUCUAGCUUUGGGGGUUCCUUCUGCCCAGGGACUGCAGCUAAGCAGACCCUGUAACAGAGCUCUGGAGGAAGCAAGCUUGCACAGAAAGUUGUGCCUGCUGUUUCUCAAGAUGUCUUUCCCAAAAUAAGGCUGGCAUUUAAGUUGAGGCAUUGCCAGGUGAGUGCCCAUGAGUUGGCGUUGUUGCAUCAGCACUGAGCCUUGCCAAGACUGAAAACCACAGUCAGGAUUUUAUACUCAGCGUUCAGGAAUGUGAAGUGGAUGACACUGAACAAAGAAUUUCUGAGCUGUUUUUCUUGGCUGCUAUCACAGGCAUGGAUAGUCUGUGUUUCUUGGGAAGAUACCCUGGUAGGAGGUAGCAUGGGGCUUGUGGGAGGGAGGGGUUCAAUAGAUUUCUACUGCGUCAGCCCUGGGGCUGUGGAUUGAGAGCUUUGGGAGGAAAUGGAGCUUCACUCCACCACAUUUGUCACUUUUGGAAAUGCAGAGAGAAUUGUAUUUUCUAGCUCUAUUUUUUCAGCUGCUCUUAUGCAUUUUCUCCCUUCAUCUGUAUUGGUCUGCUCUGCAUGGAGACAAUAGAGAUGAAAUAAAUAGUUUUCCAUGUCA